AUGAAAGGCUUGAGCUUGAUCCAUGAGUCGCUCGUGGUCGCUGAAUAUUACGAGACCAGGAAGAAGAUUCCGUACGUGAAUGAUGAAGGCACUGCCAUAAUCAUUCCAACGAGCAACACAGGCAUCAAGCUUGAAACCUUUAUCUUUGACGUCUUUCCACUUUCCAAGAGUAUGAAAGCGCUUGGUGUCGCGCGUGAAGAUGAGUUUGCUCCAGUGAAGAACGCGCCUGGCGCAGCUUCCGACUCGCCUAAUACUGCGUGCCAACUACGCUCAGAUCAAUGUAAACGUUGGUUGCUUAACGCAGGUGCGACCUUCGUGAUGUUCCUAUACACGUUGCACCAGGUAUCGGGCUUGAUUGCCACGACGUAG